UUGAGAUCAGAACUAAACCAACAGAGAAGAAUUUGAAUUCCAAAAACCCUAAAUCCCCAAAAGUUGGCAUCAAAACCCUCAAUUUCUCGACAAUGACGAGCAAUUGGAAGAGGACAGUGGGAAAUGUGAGAUCAUUCAUAGGCAAUUCGAUGGGAGGCCUAAGAGGUGGGAGCAACUUGGCCUCGUGGGUCGUCGCCGGAACCCUAGCCUACUUCCUCUGGGUCAAGCCCUCACAAGACCUCAAACGUGAACAGCAGGAAAGGGCAGCUUUGGCAGCUUUGGCAGCUUUGGUAGAAGUUUCAAAUCCGAAUAGAUAUGUAGAGAAACGGAAACCCAUUCCGGAUCCGCAGGAGACUGGAUUGAUAUAUGGAAAUAAGAAUAGGAGUAGAAAACCAGAGUGAAAUUUUACGACAUUGUUGUUGGAAGUUGCAGAAUUAUAAGUCUCGGCUUUGUAAGUGUGAACUGUGUAAUGCGUUUGUGGAAUGUGAGCCGCUAAUUAUAGGGUUUAUCGUCAAUAAUCUGUAAACAGCAACGUAUAAGUUUAGUCUUGAAUACCUAUUUACUUACAGUUGUGCUGCAAAUGUGCACUGAUCAAAAAUAGAUCCAUAGGCCAAUGUCUCUUGUAUGAAUUAUGACAGUGUUUUUCGACGUUAUGUCUGAAUGAUAAAAUUGCAUGGAUAGUUGUGAUCU